AUGAUAGCAACAUUACAAAAUAGUAACAAUAAUAACAAUAUCGAUUUACUUUAUGAUUUAUGUAAACAAAAUCAAGUUGAAAAAGUUAAAACUUUAGUUCCAUUAUUAUUUACUGAUAAUAUUGAAAUAAUAAAUAAAAUAAAUACUUCAACGGGUUCAACAUGUUUACAUGUUGCAUGUUAUUAUGGUCAUAGAGAAAUUGUCCAAAUUUUAUUAGAUUAUGGUGCAGUACAUUCAAUUAGAAAUUUACACCAUAAUUUAACACCCUAUGAAGAAGCUUAUACAGAAAACAUAAAACAAUUAUUUCUGAAACAACGAAAAUUAUUUUCGUCUGAUUAUGAUUAUAUUGAAUGGUCAAUGGUUGGUAAUGAUCUAAUUGACAAACGUAAAGAAUUUCGACAAGCAAUUGAUCUUUAUAAAACCUAUGAUAAUCAUCAUCAUUUAGUAUCAAAACUAAUAGCAGAAUUUAUUCAAUAUUAUUUAAACGAAUAUUUAAAGAAUAACGACGAUCAAGAAGAUCAAAUUUCAUUUGAACAAAUUCAAAUAAUUGAACAUUUCUUUAAACAAGCCAUAGAAGAACAGGAUUAUUUAACUUAUUUUAUAAAAGCUUAUACAUUAACAGUUAAUUUUUAUAAGAUUUUAAAUAAAUAUUUAGCUCUUUAUAUAUUACAAUAUUUUGAUAAAACAAAAGAUUUUUGUUCAAACUAUUGUUUAGUUAAUUGUUUAGUUCAUAUCGUUACAUUAUUAAUUUAUCUUCCAGAUGUUUCGAAAUAUGAAUAUAAA